CCACCGCAAAAAUAGACUGAAUACCACCACUGGGUCACGAGAAAUUUUCGACGGAGCUCAAAAAUAAAAUAAAAAAAAUAAAAAUAAAAAAGAGAGAGAAGAAAAUGGGAGGAGGAGGUCAUCUCUACGCGCUGGAUUUCGAUGGAGUCAUCUGCGACAGCUGCGGCGAGAGCUCUCUCUCCGCUCUCAAAGCAGCGAAAAUUCGAUGGCCUCAACUGUUCGAGCAAGUUGAUCCAAGGAUGGAGGACUGGAUCAUCGGUCAAAUGCACACUCUUCGUCCUGUGGUCGAAACAGGUUAUGAAAAUUUGUUACUUAUUAGGUUGCUAGUGGAGCUCCAGAUACCAUCAACUCGGAAAUCAAUGGUCUCAGUUGGGCUUACUGUUGAUGCAAUAUUGGAGAAUUGGUCAGAACUGAAACCUAUUAUUAUGAAAGAAUGGGGUGAGCACAGGGAUUCUUUGGUAGAUCUUUUUGGAAGAGUGAGGGAUGAAUGGAUAGACAAAGAUUUUGCUGGUUGGAUUGGUGCUAACAGGUUUUAUCCAGGAACAGCCGAUGCCUUGAGAUUUGCAAGCUCGCAAGUAUAUAUCGUCACUACAAAACAGAGCAGGUUUGCUGAUGCGUUACUGCGAGAACUGGCAGGGGUUAUCAUCCCACCUGAGAGGAUCUAUGGAUUAGGAACUGGGCCAAAGGUAGAAGUGCUAAAAAAGAUUCAGCUUAUGCCAGAGCAUGAGGGCUUGAUGCUCCACUUUGUCGAAGAUCGUCUUGCUACUUUGAAGAAUGUGAUCAAAGAACCAGCAUUAGAUGGCUGGAACUUGUAUCUGGGGAGAUGGGGUUACAACACUGAGAAGGAGAGAAAUGAAGCAGAGAGCAUAGCAAGAAUUCAACUUCUGGAUCUGUCUGACUUCAGCAAGAAGCUUAAGUAGCUUCUCUCCUUUCCUUUCUGGUUUCAGUUAUAUAUUUUUUGUGAA